UUCUCGACGAAACCCUGCCGGACUGAUAUGAGACUCACCAACUCCCUCUCCGACCUCCAUAGCCACCACCACCGCAACCGGCGGCCGGAGUCCGACGCUCCUCAACUCCAGAGCCACCUUCACAGCUCCCACUUCGAUCCCCCUACCUUCUCCCACGACGACUUCUUCGACCAAAUGCUUUCCACCAUCCCCCCUUCCUGGGAACUCCCCCCCUCCGGAGCCCUGUCCGACGACGCUCCACCGCCGCCGCCGCCGCCGCAGCCUAAUCCUGAUAAUACCGCGUUUCAGUUCGAUGAGUCGUCCUCUGCCACUAAUCUGGCUUCCAAGCUCAGCGGCUACCAGAUCAGCGAGACGACUGCGAAAAUGGCGAUGACGAUGCUUCAGCAGCAGUUACUGAUGUCGAGAGCGAUGGUGACUGCCGCCGAUUCAGGACUCCUUCCAAUGCCUGGUGCGAACCUUGAGGAUUCUUCGUCUUUCAAAUGCCCUAAUCCGAUUGGUGACGGUUCUGUUCCGUCUCUCUAUAAUGAAUUCGCCGGAUAUCUGAAUGCCUCCGGUUCCAGCCACAACCAUAACCAUAACCAUAACCAAUCUCAGUAUCUUCAUCUACCUCAGGCAGGGAAUUCACAGAAACAGAGCUUCGGAGCUCCAGUAGCAGUCAAUAACCCACCUCCGUCUAACGCUCCGGCGGGGCAUGGUUCCGGCGGUGCUGCACCGGCUCAGCCUCGACAAAGAGUCAGAGCUCGCAGAGGACAAGCCACUGAUCCUCACAGUAUAGCGGAAAGACUACGAAGAGAGCGAAUUGCAGAGAGAAUGAAAGCUUUACAGGAACUGGUUCCAAACGCUAACAAGACAGACAAGGCUUCAAUGCUGGAUGAGAUCAUCGACUACGUGAAAUUCCUCCAGCUUCAAGUCAAAGUUCUGAGCAUGAGCAGGUUGGGCGGUGCCACUGCUGCCAUGCCUUCCCUUGUAGCUGAUAUUUCCUCUGAGGGUGGAACUGACUGUAACCUGUCCAACGGAGCCGGCGGGGCCGCCGGACGGACCUCCGCCGGUGCUCCCUCGACUAACGACGCCAUGACGGUGACGGAGCACCAGGUGGUGAAGCUCAUGGAGGAAGACAUGGGCUCCGCCAUGCAGUACUUACAAGGCAAAGGCCUCUGCCUGAUGCCCAUCUCCCUGGCCACCGCUAUCUCCACCGCCACUUGUCACAGCCGCCCGAUCGUGGCGUCGAAGGGCGGCGGAGGAGAAGGCCCUACCUCCCCCGGCAUGUCGUCGUUGACCGUUCAGUCAACCACCUUGGGUAACGGCGCGAUUAACAGAGCCGUCAAAGAUGCCGCCUCCGUUUCGCGGCCGUGAGAGAUGACAGACGGCGUAAGAAAACGAAGUUGACCUGGUAAGCAAAUGCCCCCCCACGACUAAAGUCUAGGAAAAUAUGGCUCCCCCUUCAGUGCUCCAAUACGGCGCCGUAUUUGCCUACACUUUAGUAGGGGAAAAAAAAGGCUUUACUUUACAACAACCGAUGAAUUAUUCUCUCUAACUUUUUUUUUUCAAUGUAUAUUCCCCUUUUUUUUAGUUUUAUUUAAUGUUAAAUUAUUGUUUCU